CAAAAAAAACAAAAAAUGGAGUUGGACGAUAGCAUGCAGCAUGUGCGUGCGUGUGGUUGGAAGCGAAAUCUGCUCUGCUUUUGGCGCGUGAUGGAAAGUUGGAGCUAACCACCUAACCAAAACCAAGCCAUGGAUUCUUCUCAUCUCUCAUCUACUAUAAGUAAACCAUCCAUGAACUCCAUCGAUUCUCGUCGCAACUAAUCCGAUCACCAAGUGAUAGCAUACCUCCGGAGGAGGAGGAAGAAGAAGAAUCAAACUGCGAUGGCGCGGGUGGAGGCGCUGAGCAUGAGCGGCGCGACGACGAUCCCGGCGGAGUACGUGCGGCCGCAGGAGGAGCGCCAGGGCCUGGGCGACGCCUACGCCGAGGCGGCGGCCUGCUGGUCCGCGGCGGGCUCCCCUCGAAUCCCCAUCGUCGACGUGGCCGCCUUCGACGCCGCGGACCCGGCCUCCCCAGCGAGCCUUGCCGUCGUUGACGCCGUGCGCGCCGCCGCGGAGGACUGGGGCGUCAUGCACCUGGCCGGUCACGGCAUCCCGGAGGAUCUCAUCGAUGCACUGCGCGGCGCCGGCACGGGGUUCUUCCGCAUGCCGAUCGAGGACAAGGAGGCCUACGCCAACGACCCGGCGGCGGGGAGGUUGGAGGGGUACGGCAGCCGGCUCGCCGGAUCCGCCGGCGAGGACGGGAAGAGGGAGUGGGAGGACUACCUGUUGCACAUGCUCCACCCCGACACCCGCGCCGACCACGCGCUCUGGCCGGCAUACCCGCCCGAGUACGUGCCCGUCACCAAGAGCUUCGGGGAGCACGUGAGCGCGCUCUCGUCCCGGCUCCUCGCCAUCCUCUCCCUCGGGCUCGGCGUCCAGGCCGGCACCCUCGAGCGCCGCCUCCGCCUCACCUCCGGCGAGGCCCAGGUGGAGGACGACCUGCUGCUGAAGCUCAAGAUCAACUACUACCCGCGGUGCCCGCAGCCGGAGCUGGCCGUGGGCGUGGAGGCGCACACCGACGUGUCCGCGCUCUCCUUCAUCCUCACCAACGGCGUGCCGGGCCUGCAGGUCCUCCGUCCCGGCGACGGCCAGACCUGGGUCACCGCGCGUGACGAGCCGGGCACGCUCGUGGUCCACGUCGGCGACGCGCUGGAGAUCCUCAGCAACGGGCGCUACACCAGCGUGCUCCACCGCGUGCUCGUCAACCGGCAGGCCGUGCGAGUCUCCUGGGUCGUCUUCGCCCAGCCGCCGCCCGACUCCGUGCUGCUGCGCCCGAUGCCGGAGCUCGUCCAAGGGGAUGGCGCCGAGACGCCGCGCUUCGAGCCGCGCACCUUCAGGCAGCAGCUCGAGCGCAAGGUCCUCAAGAAGACGAAUGAUCAACAAGAGGACUAGGUUAAGAAGCAGCCGGUCGCCGCCGGUCGUCAGCGAGGAGGAGCACAUGGUCGUGAAGAAGGAGCAGAGUGAACCAGAAGAGGAGGCCAAGAUUGGAGAGGCACCGCUGACAGCUAACCUAGUAGUAGAAGUUAACUAACUAAAUAAUGAAUUGAUCCAGUUUCUCUCAGAA